AGAGGCAGUGAGAGGAAAGACAGAGUAUUAGUAUUCAGAGCACAGGGAGGAAAAAUAGGAGAGGGAGCGAGCGAGAGAGAGAGAGAGAGAGAGAGAGAGAGAGAGAGAGAGAGAGGAGGGAGGGAGGGGAUAGUGAAACAGAGAGGAGGAAAAACACAAGGAGGGGGGGAAAUAUAAGAGAAGAACACAGGAAACGGGAGGGAAAAGAGGGGAGGGGAGAGAUAUCAUAUUGUUCAUUUCUCCCUCUCAGUCUGACAUCCCGGUUGCGGGGCUUAUUGCUCGGUGCGUCUUGGAGAGAAGCGAGAGAGAGAGAGAGAGACAGAGAGAGAGAGAGAGGGGGGUGGACAGAGCGAAAGAGGGCGGAAUGCCCCUUUACAGGCGUCGCAUCUGACUAAAACAGCGGAGAAGCUCGUAAAUCGGGAAUUGGACAGAGUGGGGGACAGUGGUUUCUGCAACGCCAAGGUGAUGCUGGAGAGCUUCAGAAAAAGAGUCUCCACAAAUCUGACAGCGACUUCCAAUCCAUGCUGAUGUGUUGGAGGGAACGCAGAGACCGAUGUGUUCCACCGUUUCCUGUUGGAGCUAGAUGACUAGGAGCUCGACUCUGUUCCCAACUUGUAGCGAAGGAAAAAAAAAAAGCUACUCUUUCUGCAGGCUCCCAUUUCUGGUCUUGGAAACAUUAGGAAAAUAACAAGCUAAAGGUUAUGCAUGCACUGCAGGCAUAACUCUGCAUUCCUCAGCCAAAUCUAUUUGCAAAGAAUACUUUAUAUGUAGACUGCCUCCGCUCCGGUUUGCAAAUUCACCAUGGUCCUGAACCUAGAGAGUCAAGUUCAGUAAAGGGACAGUGAGAGGGGGUGGGUGUCGCUCAGUCAUACAUGGGCUCGUCAGACUGGUCUCUGUGAUCCGGACCAAGACACCCUGUGGAGCCCCUCGUGUUCUUCCUUCACCUGCCGCCGCCCCCACCCCCCCUCAGCUUCCUCUGCCUCCUCCUCCCUCUCUCAGUUCGCACCUUGUAAAAGGUGGACGGGCCAACACUCAACUUACCCGAGCGCCGUCCGAUAGGUGAGGGCGGCGAGGGCUGCACUGUCAUUGGCUGACUGCUGGUGAGAGUGCGAUGCGGAUUGGAGGAUGUCGGGGGACUGGGAUGAAGACCUGUGUAAGAAGGCGCUGGUGUUGGUGGAGGAGCUGUGCUUCAACUCCCCAAGGGGCUACAGCCAGAGCGAACGCUGCCAGGAGUUCAGCUACCUCCUGAGAGGUCGCAACAGACAGCUGGACACAGAGAUCUCUGUCAGCCUGCUGUCGGUCAUCGUGACAUUCUGCGGCAUCGUCCUCCUCUCCGUCUCCCUCUUUGUCUCGUGGAAGCUCUGCUGGCUGCCAUGGCGGGACAAGGAGGGCGGCGGCCUGAGCCUGACGUCGGGGCUGCUGCCCGGGAGCGCCGGCGUCGGGAGCCUCGGGGGCGCCGGCGGGUCGUCGCUCUUACCCCCGCUGCUGCAGAGGAAGGAGGGCCACUCCUCGUCCUCGCUCUACCCCACGCUGGGCCAGCAGGGCCAGCACCACCCCCACUUCUCUGACCUGGUGGGGCUGGAGAGGGGCGAGGUCGGGGGCGUGGUCGGGGGGCCGCAUGAGACCCAGGAGCACUCCUACCUGGACAUGGACUCCUACCCUAAUAACGCUGGAACUCUGAAGCUGAGUCAGACGUCUCCAGACGUUCCCAACUCAGAGGCUGGAGCCCAUCCUCAUAAAGACCUGCCCAACGCUCACUCCCAGCAGCAGGUCACCUCACGGCCCAAGCCCAUGACUCACCAGCUCUCCAGUCCUGAUUUCCACGGCGAGGAGAAGGAGCAGGUAACCAGCAUCGGGCAGAUCAAACCAGAGCUGUACAGACCCAAGGGCGACCAGGGAGAAGGAAAACAGGGUGACACCUGCGGCAAGAUCAGCUUCCUCCUGCGCUACGCCUUCAACACGGAGCAGUUGGUGGUGAAGAUCCUGAAAGCUUUGGACCUGCCAGCGAAGGACGCCAACGGCUUCUCCGACCCGUACGUGAAGAUCUACCUACUGCCAGACAGGAAGAAGAAAUUCCAGACCAAGGUUCACAGAAAGACCUUAAACCCAGUGUUCAACGAGACGUUUCAGUUCGGCGUGCCGCUGAAUGAGUUACAUUCCAGGAAGCUGCAUUUCUCCGUGUACGACUUCGACCGCUUCUCCAGACACGACCUGAUCGGCCAGGUCGUGGUGGACAACCUGCUGGACUUCAGCGAGGGCAGCGGGGACAAGCCCGUCUGGAGGGACAUCGUGGAGGGCACCGCGGAGAAGGCUGAUCUCGGGGAGCUUAAUUUCUCGCUGUGUUACCUGCCCACUGCAGGCAGGCUCACUGCUACAAUCAUCAAGGCCACCAACCUCAAAGCCAUGGACCUGACCGGCUUCUCAGACCCGUACGUGAAGGCCUCUCUGAUCUGUGACGGGCGGAGGCUAAAAAAGAGGAAGACCUCCAUUAAAAAGAACACACUGAACCCCACGUACAACGAGGCGCUGGUGUUUGACAUUCCCAAUGAAAAUAUAGAAAGUGUAUCCAUCAUCAUUGCGGUGAUGGACUAUGACUGUAUUGGUCAUAACGAGGUUAUAGGGAUGUGUCGUGUAGGCAGCGACGCUGACGGUCCGGGGAGAGAGCACUGGGCAGCCAUGCUGGCCAACCCUCGCAAACCAAUAGAGCACUGGCAUCAGCUUGUGGAGGAAAAAGCAAUCGGUACAUUUGUGUCAAAGAGUGCUACAGCAUCCUCCCCUAAACCUCACAUCGUGGUGGACAGUCCUCACUCCGAUUAAAACUGUCGUUAUCAUCUCUCCAGCUCCAGACUUUCCUUUCUUUCCUCUCAUCUGUGAAUAAUUCUCUCCAUCAAAGAAAGAGAGACGCAGAGACACUGCUAGUGUCCAACUGCUAGUGCUGUUUUGCUCCUGCUAAUGAAUCCUCCAACUCCUGUGCUGUCUUUACCGAGACGAAGAAAAAAAAAAACAUCUACCACAAGCUACACUUUGAGCAUCAGACCACACAUUUCCAAACACAUGCAGACAUUAAACGGUACAGUAGGGCUGACAUCAGGUGUAAAUUUGGGGUCUAGCAGCACAGGAACUCACACACAUAACUCACACACACACACACAUAUACACACAAAUAGCCUACACACAGAGUUUGUAGUAUGUGCGUAGUUCAUGUGUGCUUCAGAUUAGUGUAGUAUUUCAUCUAGGAGGAGUGUGAUGUGACAAACUUUUCUCUCUUCAAAACAAAAAAAAAAAGAAAAAGAAAAAAGAAAGCCAUCACAGAAUGGUCAUUUCAACCAGGACCAAAGGUUCAUGCCCUUGUACAGACUAUAAAAGAAGAAAAUCACUAUGUCGAUAUUUUUCUUUGCAACAUUGGUGUACAGUAUAUGCCGUACUGUAUAGGAAAACAUCUCAUGUAGUACUUAGCAGGACGAAACAUCCAUGGUGGAUUCUCCCGACCAUUUUGGACGCCUUCUCCAGGCUCCCUACCCUCUGGUUUUUUCGGACUUAUCUCGCUUAUUUUCCCCAGAGGAAAGACGACGAAGCGUCCAGUGGUCUUUAUUGAUGUCAGAGGAGUGAAAAAAUGAGGACGGACUCAUUGGUCUAAGCAUGUUACGCAACCUUGAAAUGUGUCCCUCUUCCUCAUGCUUUUUGUCACGGUCCUCAUGGUGCUCAUCGGUGUCGGCUUUUAUUUUUUGAAUGAUUUUCCUCUGUCUUUUUGUGUCAUUCAUUAUAAAUAUAACCACCAGGAAAGGAGUUUAUUCAUGCCAUUUUUUACAGUCCACUGGGGAUGAGAUGGUACAAGCUUCUGAGAGACAUGGACUAUUCGAUCGUCCCCGGCUUUCCGGCCAAAGUGGCAGACUUUUCCUAAUGUAGGACUACACGGGUCAGACGAGACCUGCGUUUAGGAUCGGACCAGCAUCUGUUUGGAGUGCACUCACUGGAUGAUGCAUCCCGCAGGGAAGGAAAUCACCACUCUUUUAUUUUUCUAUCAUUCCCGGACUUUUUUUGGUUUUCCUCUCUCAAGACGUCAUCGUCCAGCUUCAGCUGCGAAAAUUGUGACCUUCACGUCCACAUCAUGUCCCUGACAAGACUUUAGGAGGACACACACGUCCGUGUUGCUUUUAUUAGUGUGUGUUUCCGUGUUUGUGGGCGUGUUUGUUUUGUAUUCGUGCGCGUCCGUGUGUGUGUGUAUGCCUGUGUGUGUCACUGUGACCUUGUGCGUGACACGUUUCUGUGCUCACCGCCUCCCUCCUCCUCGUCCUCUUUUCUGUCUUCGCCUUCCUCCUCACCCUCACUCCCCCCCGAAAUCCCCCCCCUGCUCGUCUCAGAGCCAAACGUGUCUUCUGUCCUGUGUCUUUACAAGGAGCCAUUUUGUGUGUGCGUGGGUGUGUGUGUGAGAGAGAGAGAGUGUGUGUGUGUGUGUGUACUAUACGUGCCUCAUUGCACUAGGUGGGGAAACACUGUUUUUCAUAGACAUUAGUUUGUAUUGUCUAUGUCGUCUCUGAAAUCAGCUGCCAGUCAUUCAGCCCCCCUCUCCUCUCUGACCCUUUGCCUGAUGUAAGUAACUGUGUUGAUCGUGUACUUCUUUCAGUAAUUUGUGUACUGUAUGUCCGAGGGAAGAAAAAAACAGAUGGCACAGUGAUUGAAAAUUAAAUUGUUGGGUGUGUUUUGAUUAAAUUUAUGAGAAGGAAGGAAAAAAAACAAAAACAAACCGAGGCUCAUUUGUUACGGCCUACAGAUCAUGACAAAUUUAGAUCCCCUUAAAGCAAGACAACAGGGAGGAGGUGUUGUGAGAAAAUAAGCGCCUGGAUUUUCUGCACUUCCUGUGUAAACCGAUACAGAUUUAUAAAGCCAUGUCUGUCACCGCUACUACAACUACUACUGUAACCUCAGCAAAAACAACAGUACAACACCUCACUACAGCUACUUGUAUUGCUAUCGUUGCCAUUUCCCCUCUCAUCCUCUCUCUCUCUCUCUCACACACACACACACACACACACACACCCUUUCUUUCAUAAAGGUGGUGGGUGGUGUUUGUGUGCUUGUUUCAGGGGAGGGAUCCGGUUUAUUUCUCUUUACCUUUGGACUUACCAUGGAAGCGUCAGGGGAGGCUUCACCGGUGUGCUCGGUCGGAUGCUCGGGGAGGUGAUGCGUACCUGCAAGUACCCGGUGAGGUCUGUCAGCUGGGGGAUUAUUGAUCAGCUGGUAUAAGUGGAUAUGGUAUUGAUCCAUUGGUCUCGAAGCCCCAUAAUUCUCUGUUCUUUCCCAGCCUCCCUCUUCCUCUCUCUUCUCUCUCUCUCUCUGCUUGUGUCUUACCCUAUUUAGCCCUUGUGUUACUGCCUGGUGAUAGAUUACCAAACUCAUAGUGGAGCCAGCACAUUCCCUCAUUCUCUUCUCCCCUCUGUCUGCCUCCCUUCCUUCCCCAUCCCCACAUCCCUCCAACCCUUCUCCCCUUUUCUGUUUCUGUCUGAUUACUGUCUGAUUACUCAUUCUCUCCUCCAGCAAUCCUUACCUUUCCUCCCGCUCCUCUCCCCCACCCCUCACCUAUCCAUUUCUCGCUCUGUUCCCCCUCCGCCUCCCCACUUCCCUGCUCCCUCAGCAUCCCUCCAUCUUGCCCUCUUUCUUUCAUUCUUUUUGUGUACCACCCCCUCCUCUCUCCCCUCUAUUCUCUUUCUCUCGCUGUCUUCUCGUGUUAGUGCAGUUCUGAAUGGUCAUGGGGAAACAUGUUUGCAUGCUUAUAUUAACAUGAAUGAUGUCAACUUGAUGCAAUGAAAAAUUAUAUAAGUGAUGCUUUAAGCAAAAUCUGACAAUGAACUUGAUACUAAUACUACUAAUGACGACUAAAUGGAGACCUAGCAGUUGUUUAUCUCUGUGGUCAAAAACAACAAUGAUGAAAUAACGUUGUUUAUGCUGUAUUUAUCUUUCUCGAAUUGGUAUUCUUUUUGAUUUUCAGUUGUUUUUUUAUAUAUAAUUUAUUCAAGAGGUUUACUUUUUUAUUGGUUAACGCUGAGAAUUGGAGCGGUGGGGUUCAGUCAGGGCGAUUGUUUCAGUCAGGACAGCUGUGUCAGGUCGCAGAGCGUCGGCGAAUGUGUAAGUUAACAGUGUGACUGAAGCAACGAUAAUGGAAAUAAAGGAUAUGUAUCAUCCA